GUCUUUGCCUUGAUCGUGUUCUCCUGCAUCUUCGGUGAGGGCUACAGCAACACACCUGAAUCUCAACAGUUGUACUGUGUAUUCAACCACAACGAGGACGCCUGCAGAUAUGGCUGCGCCAUUGGGGUGCUGGCCUUUCUGGCUUCAAGCUUCUUCUUCGUAGUGGACAUCUAUUUCCCCCAGAUCAGCAACGCCACUGACCGCAAGUACCUGGUCAUUGGUGACCUGCUUUUCUCAGCUCUCUGGACCUUCCUGUGGUUUGUUGGUUUCUGCUUCCUUACCAACCAGUGGGCAGCCACCAGGCCUGAGCACGUGCUGGUGGGAGCUGACUCAGCCCGGGCAGCCAUCACCUUCAGCUUCUUCUCCAUCUUCUCCUGGGGCACACUGGCCUCCCUGGCCUACCAGCGCUACAAGGCUGGAGUGGACGCCUUCCUCCAGAACUAUGUGGACCCCACCCCAGACCCCAACACAGCCUACGCCUCCUACCCCAGCGCGUCGGUGGACAACUACCAGCAGCCGCCCUUCACCCAGAACACAGAUGUCACUGAGGGCUACCAGCCGCCCCCUGUGUACUGAACGGCACUGCAGGGCAGGGGAGGAUGCCUUGUUCCCCAGGGCCUCCCCUUGAGGUCCCAUGGAGCUGCAGCCCCUCUCCUGUCCCUGCUGACCGCCCAGAGAACCCCAGCCUUCCUGUGCCCAGUAGCACACAAGUGCCUGCUCCCAAAGGCGCCUCAGUCACCCACUCUUUGAGGGCAUUUUUGAGGAAAGGUUAGCUAGAUGUUUUCUCGUUGCUUUUUUUCUUCCCCCUUGGUGCUGGGGAUGGAACCUAGGGCCUCACACACGCUAGGCAGGUGCUCUGCCACUGAGCUGCGCCCCCAGCCCCACGUUGCCUGGAAUAGCCAGGUGCAGACAGGGGCCCACAAUGUGCUGUCCUGACAAGCGCCUUAGUGUCGCCUUCACAAGGACAGCCAGUUAGCUGGGCUUUCUGCCAAAGAUGGGGUCAGGGCCCCACACCUGGUUCUUUUUGGUGCUGGGCUGGGGCUCCCACCUCCUCACUCAGGUUUGCCACCUCCACCUCAGUGCCUUCAGCCCUGACGCCGUGCCCUGCUCGGCCUGGGCUUGGGCUAUGUCCUCCGAGGGUCACCACUCUGUGCCAAUCACUUCCAGGCUGGCUCCCUGACAGGGAUGGUGCCUACCUGGGGGGCCGGUGGCACUUUCUUCUUGCUCCCUCCCUGGUAGCAGGGAAGGACUUUGCCUGAUGUAAUACCCAGCUUUAUGUAAAUAUUCUGCCACCUUGGUUACCAAGUGUUGGGGAGAGCCACAGCCCCCAGACUGAAUGUAUUGGAAAGCCUUGGGGGUGAUGCCCCUUGCCCUUGGAUUGUUAGAAUGGUUUGGAGAUGGAAUAAAUGUUUUUCUCAGUUUC